CAACUACCUACUGAAGCUUAGUAAAAACAGUUUGAGUCUUCAAUCCAACAAUCUUCUUAGCAGCAGAUAGUCGAACCAACACUCAAAUCAAACCAGAAUUCAAUCAAGAAGAAAAACUGAAAACAAGAAUUAAGCAAAUGCUUUGCAAAGUGCAACUUUGAGCUCCCAUAUCCGCACUUUCUCAUCAACACAACUUGUUGCAACAUAUGUAGAUUGCCCAAACCAUAACAAGGAAGAGAAAAACCUCAUAUCCAAAUAACAACAGCAGCAUCUAAACGACAGCAACAUCUAAAUGAGCUGCUUGCACAACUGAUUCAAUAUUGGCAGAUGUAUCAAAUUGUGCACCUGUUACUGUUGCAUUAUUUUUGAUUGAUUGAGCAGCUACAGCUGAUGCACUAUCAUCCUUUAAUGCACCAGCAGCCUUAGUACUAUUGGAAGCUCCUCGAUCAGUUGCUUAUCUUCCCCUAUUAGCAGCAGUAGGUAUACUUGCUGCUUGUGUAACCUGUUGAUCUGCCAAUUCUGGCAUAGAAACCUGGGAAUUAAGAUAUUUGUUUAUGAAGUACUUAUGUUUCCUUUUCCAAGUUGCUGCAUUUACCCAAUUUUUUCCAGGAGAGUGCUUGAUCGUGAUCAGUUCUGGUCUUCUACAAUACAGAGCCUCUAUGCUCUAAAGAAUUUUAAUGCUUCUAAUGCAUAUAUUUAUUCAGGAUGAGUAUGUCCUAUCAUGCCCUUGGCCAUUAGAAUAUAUCCCAUCCCCUUUAACACCUGAUCCUAUACUAAAACAGCAUCUAAGCUAGCUCUUUGCACAAUUGCUUCAAGAGUAUCCAAUAUCUAACUAUAAUUAUUCAAGUCCAAGGAUACUUGCUACCAAGUACUUUCAAGAUUCCAGCAGCAUCUUACGCGGUCUUCCAAAUGUUAAGCAUGACCAUAUGGAUACCUAUUUAUGACAGAAUAAUUGUACCAUUUCUCCAGAAGAUCACAAAGAAAGAAGCUGGAAUAACAGUCCUUCAAAAAAUGGGAAUCGGCUUAUUUAUUGCAGUUUUCACAAUGCUAGUAUCAGCUCUAGUAGAAACUCGAAGAAGGAAUGUCGCAUUUAGCCACCCAACACUAGGCAUUGAAACAAGAAGAGGUGAAAUUUCAGCCAUGUCUGCUAAUUGGUUAAUACCUCAACUAGCUCUAGCAGGACUUUCUGAAGCAUUUACUGUCAUAGCCCAAGUUGAGUUUUUUUACAAGCAAUUUCCAGAAAACAUGAGGAGUUUUGCAGGGUCAUUCUUGUUUUGUGGAUUUGCAUUGGCUAGUUAUAUGAGUAGUUUCUUGAUAUCAGUAGUACACAAGACAACAAGAACAUCAGAUACAGAGAAUUGGUUAGCAGAGGAUUUAAACAAGGGGAGAUUGGAUUAUUUUUAUUACUUAGUUGCUGCUUUAGAGGUUUUAAAUUUGGGAUACUUUCUAAUAUGUGCUAAGUGGUACAAGUACAAGGGAACACAAAAUGAUCACAAUCUUGAAAUUGCCUUGGAAAAAUUAGAACCCAAUAAAACUCUAGUUUGAUUUCA